AUGCGUCUACUUUCAUUUCUCCCCCAGGCUCUGCUCCUCUGCUCUACACUAGGUUCAUCAUCAUCAGCAGCAGCAGCCUCUACGUGGACGUUCACCGACGCCUCUCUCAGCGUGACCAGCAAAGGGUCCGCAGCCGGGAAGGAUGGAGGAAUUAAAGAGAAACUUACCCCCUCUCAACCGCUCCCCAAACCCAUCCUGCUCGGUGGCUCCGACACUUUGAAGAUCACGCUCACAACGCAAGAAGGGAAAAGUGCCAAAAGACCGCACCAGGCGUUUCUGCUGCUCCAAGACCAAGAAGGGAAACUCGACGUUUCGUAUCCGUUCAGUGUGAAGGAGUCGGGCAAGGCGAAGGUCGAACUGACACACAAAGAUCUCCCGGUCCAAUUCCUCACUUCCGCUCUCGCGACGAACAAUACAUCGGGAUUGAGCGCAUCCAUCAUCAUCGCCUCCUUCAGCACCACCCCAGGCUACAACUCCCCGGCCUUCACCCUCCAAGUCAAGACAGAUUCAAAUACUCCCAUACCCGUCGCAGAGAAACCCCUCCGAUACGGCAAACUUUCAGAAAUCCACCACAUCUUCCGCUCUGACCCAAGGUCUCCGCCCGCGAUCAUCAGUCUGGUGUUUUUGGCCGCUGUGGUGGGAACCCUGCCGCUGUUGGCAGGUGCCUGGCUCGCCCUCGGAAUCAACCUGUCCUCCCUGCCCAAGGCCUUCUCCGCCGCGCCGAUCUCGCACGCCUGCUUCGUGUCCUCGAUCGCGGGGAUUGAGUUCGUCUUCUUCCUGUACUACACGAGCUGGAAUCUGUUCCAGACACUCCCCGUCCUCGGCGUGUUGGGCGUCACGGCAUUCCUGAGCGGCAGUCGUGCCCUGACGGAGGUCCAGGAGCGGAGGUUGGCGGGGACCAGAUAA